UCCCUGCGUGCCCUAGCCCCCGACUCUCACACCGCACAAAGCCGCAGCGCCGCAACGCACGCCGGACGCAGCCGCCCGCUCUUCCUGUGCGCCUGUCCGCCUGCGACCACCACUCGAACCUGCCGUCGGCGAUCCGGCGGUGACCUCCGGGGAAAUGGUCGAGUAUCUCUUCGACGAGAACUUCAGUGUGAGCAGGCUCGAUCCUGAUGGCAAGAAGUUCGACAAAGUCACUCGCGUCGAAGCUCAUAACGAGCAAGUGUACAUGCAGCUAGAUGUUGCUACUGAGAUCUUUCCUCUGCGUGCUGGCGACAAAUUCAACAUGGUGAUAGCUCCUACUCUGAAUCUGGAUGGAACACCAGACACUGGCUACUACACACAGGCUGGAAGGAAAACACUUGCUGACAAGUUUGACUAUGUCAUGCAUGGAAAGCUUUACAAGAUCUCAGACGACAGUUCCACCAGUUCAUCUACUAAAGUGGAGAUCUAUGCAUCUUUUGGUGGCCUCCUGCUGCUGCUUAGGUGCGAUAGUUCCAGUGCAGCUAGCUUCGAGCUGGAUCAGAGGCUGUUUCUUCUUAUCAGGAAGCUGUAAAACUGUAAAUGUAUUGGCUAUUUAAAAUGCCGGUUACCUUGUUGACUGUACCCAGCUUCCACCCAGUAGGCCAGUAUGUGGUAAGGCUUUCAAUUGGUAGAAAUGACUUCUAUCAUGGACUUGCAAACAGUCGCUGCAACCGAGCACUCUAAGCCAGUAGUUGGUGGAUAAUGUUGUGGUGGUUCUAUCUUUUGGUUUGUUACACUGGGAAGGCUGUUUUCAUAUUGAAUCGUGGAUUCUAAUAUGUGCACGACGA